UGGGACCCGAGAUGUGGUUCCUCGUGCUGCUGCUACUGACCGCCUCCGCAGCCGGCGGCCGCGUGUCGACGGCCGCGUCGUCGGCGCCGACCACCGCAGCCGCGGUCGAGGCCACCACCUCGGUGCCUUCGCGGUCCGCGAGGGCGUCCGCUCGAGUAGAGACGGUGACCGGAGACGUGGGGGAAGCCCCGCGGCCGACGCUGUCGCGGGCGGCGGUGAUGGCGGCGGCGAGGGCGGCGGUGGCGGCGCGGGCGGUGGCGGCGGCGCGACUCGCGGGGGCGGCGGGGGCCAGGCUGGCGCUGAUGGCGGCGGCGCCCGCCAUGCGCGCCGGGGGCGGCGGCCGGGCCGGCUCCGCGGUGCGCGUGGGCGGCGGGCGUGCCGCCGGCGUGGGCGGCGGCCCUCUGCUGGUGGGGCCCGUCGCCAACUCGAGCGAGCCGCGCUGCGCCAACGUCUCCAGCGUCCACUACAGCCUCGACAUGCUGCUGGGCACCUGGUACGUGGUCGAGGUCAUCUCGCCGGUGUCUGUGGGCACGGUGUGCGACGGCUUCCAGCUGACCAAGCUGAACGUGAGCCGAGCCUGGGAAGACCUGGAGGCGGAGGCGGUCAUCAUGAGCCGCUUCGGGAGACUGCCCGGAGGCCCCACCAUCUACUUCAACCGCACCAUGCUGGUGGGAGGCGGCGCGGGGGCGUCCAGCGACGGCCAGCACGAGGAGACCAGGGGCCCCAUGCUGUACGACCAGCUGGCGGUGACGGACUACUCGCCGGGCGGCCAAUACCUCAGCAUCACGGCCUGCCACGAGGGACAGCACUGGACGUACGUGUACGGCCGCCAGCCCGCCCCCGCCGCCCCCGAGGAAAUUCGGGCGCUGCACGCGCGCCUCGCCGCCGCCGGCGUGUCCGUCUCCGCCUCUGGCACCACCACCACCACCACACCCACCGCCCCCACAGGCUCCACCGCCUCCGUCGUAGACGACUCCGAGAACGACGCCUCCGGUUCCGGCAGGGGAGGGCAGGCGGCAGCGGGGGCGGCAGCGGCCACGGAGACGCCGACGUCGACAGCACACGACAGGACGCCGCCUCCCUGGUGGCCCGGCCUGACGACGCCCACGCCGACGCCGCUGCCCGUGUUCAACAUCACCGAGUGCGGGUGGUAGAUGUCCCGAAGACGUCGCUGUGGGCGAAAUGUUCCUUGUGUGCCCAAUGUCCUCGAGAACUGAUGUACUUAACCAAAAUGGGUCUGAGUUGGAAGGCGGCCCAAAUUUGAGCCGGUUUUAGCAUCUCCAUUCACAAAAGACUUGCAACCGAUGAAAUUAUUAUGUUUUCCACCUUACACUGAGUAACACUGGAUGGUAAUAACUUCUUUCUUUAAGACUGAACAAGAUCAUGCUUCAGUGA